CGUAAAAAGUUAGUGUUUCUAUCUGCACCAGAAAGGGAAGGGGGAUUUAAAACCAGGCUGACAAAAAUGAGAAGGGUUGGAAAUUCUCCAUAUACACAAUCAAUUGUUUUAUCUAAGUUAGUUAGCUAUAUGUUUACAAUAUUUACCCGGUCGCUAGUGCAUAGAAUUCUGCUUACUAAUUUAUUAGCUAGCAAGAAAGUUGCUUAACUGUUGGCUACAAAGAAAGCGAACCUGUCUAAAUUUGUAUUUAUAGAGGAAUGUCUAGCGUUGAACUAUAACGCAAUCAAUGAUUGUUGACACUUUUAUCCAAUUUAGCGGGCUAGACAUUCUGCACGUGACUACUGCUUUUGAAACGUUGGAUCACAUCAAACAAUAAUAAAACGGAGAUAGCUAGCGUACUAUUGAGCUUGUUUAGCUAGCUAGCUUCCGUGCUUGUUAGCUAGUUGUUCGACCAGCGUGCACAUUACCUCCGUUACUCUGUGGAUUCAUCUAUCAAGAUAAUUAACUUGACCUCGUGAAUUUUGUACAGUGGAUCUGUAUAUAUUUGUUUUGGAACCAGCUAGCGGUUGGUUAAUGAUGGGGCCCCGACAUAGUUAGCCAUCUGAUACAAAUCAUGGGAGGAUGUGUUGGGAGAGAACGCGAGGACACACAGGGCCACGGUUCAUCCAGGAGCGGUGGAAGGACACACCGAAAACGUGGAGGUCGCAAUGAGCCCCUCAAGAAGGACAAGCCCAAGUGGAAGAGUGACUACCCCAUGACGGAGGGCCAGCUCCGCAGUAAGAGGGAUGAGUUCUGGGACACGGCGCCGGCCUUCGAGGGACGCAAGGAGAUAUGGGACGCCCUGAAGGCGGCCACUGUGGCCCUGGAGUGCAACGACCACGAGCUGGCCCAGGCCAUAGUGGAUGGAGCCAGUAUCACACUGCCUCACGGGUCCCUGACGGAGUGUUAUGACGAGCUAGGUAGCUGCUACCAGCUGCCCGUUUACUGCCUGGCCCCUCCGGUCAACCUGAUCUCCGAGCGCAGCGACGAGGACCCCAGUGACAACCCCGAGCCCACCGCUGCCCCCAAGAAGGAGUUCCAGCUCAAGGUGCGCCUUUCCACGGGCAAGGACCUGCGCCUUAGUGCUAGCAUGGCCGACCCCAUCGGGCAGCUGAAGAAGCAGCUGCAGGCCCAGGAGGACAUCGACACGGCCCACCAGCGCUGGUUCUUCUCGGGCAAGCUGCUCACGGACAAGACCCGCCUGCAUGACACCAAGAUCCAGAAGGACUUUGUCAUCCAGGUCAUCGUCAACCCGCAAGCCCCCAUUAACUAGGUCCCAGGUGAGUAGGGGUGAAGAGGAGGGGUGAUGGAGAGACCGGACCGGAUACGAGGAACCCCAGAUAAUGGCUUCACCACUGCUCUUUAAAACGGAGAGGUGAUCUGGGGAAUUAUAAGAGAUGGAUAACAGAAGGGAGAGACUCCAAUGUGCUGCUUUUCAAUGUCUACCAUUAAAGAGUGUGAUAUAUUUUUGAAUGCGUGACUUCACUGUGGGAGGGUUGGUCGAUUUGAUUGAUCUAGCCAGACCAGACCUCUCACUCUGAGAAGGGUGUUCUGUGUCACUCACCACUAACUCUGGAGUCACACUGUCCACUGAGACCUCUACCCUCCUCCCCCUGCAAAAAUGACCCAAAUCACAGCAGAAUUGCCCCCCACCCCAGAUGUGAGACACUGCAGGUGUGAACUGCAUGGCAUUUGCAAGGGGUCUGCGUCUGCACUAACGGUAACUAAGUGCCAAUAUAAAUCGCAGAGUAAUUUGGAUCGGUUGUAAAGCACAUCCCCCCCCGUCAUAGAUUCCUACCUUGAUCCAACCUCAAGUGAAAUACAAACUAUUUUUCUCAUUCGAAUUCUUUUAAUAAGCUUUUUUUGCACACUUGAUUAUAUUUGCAUAGUAGUUUGUGUGCCUUCAAGGAAGAAAACAAAACAAGAUCCUAGGGGGAAAACUCUAGUUUUACUGCUAAAGCCUUCUUUCUCUAGAAUCAGGAAUAAUCUUUUCAUAGAUCUAUAAAAAAAAAUCCGAAGUAUACUGCUGCCUUUUCCGAUCGUUUGUCUUGUCAGUUGUUGAAGUUCAAAUUUACUGUGGUGUUUUCAUGGCUGUUUUCCACGUGUUGUCCCCCUCACCUAUUUUUUGUUGUUGUUGUUGUAUGUACUGUAAAGUGACUAUGAUUAGAGCCCAGCCCACAUGCUGUGCCACAUAACAAUCCUGAGGUGAAAUGUGAAGCUAUAGUGAAGAUGAUUGGAGUAUGCCUCUGUUUUUAAUAUACACCGAGUGUACAAAACAUUAGGAACAACUUCCUAAUAUUUAGUUGCACCCCCCUUUGCAGCCUAAAUUCGUCGGGGCAUGUUGUUCAAAGCGUUCCACAGGAAUGCUGGCCCAUGUUGACUCCAAUGCUUCCCACAGUUGUGUCAAAUUGUCUGAAUGUCCUCUGGGUGGUAGAACAUUCUUGAUACACACAGGAAACAGUUGAGAGUGGAAAAACCCAGCAGCAUCGCAGUUCUUGACACACUCAAACCGGAGCACCUGGCACCUACUACCAUACCCCGUUCAAAGGCGCUUAAAAUCUUUUGUCUUGUACAUUCACCUUCUGAAUGGCACACAUACACAAUCCAUGUCUCAUUUGUCUCGAGGCUUAAGAAAAAAAUCCUUCUUUUAACCAGUCUCCUCCAUUUUCAUCUACACUGACGUUGAAGUGGAUUUAACAAGUGACGUCAAUACGGGAUCAUAGCGUUCACCUGGUCAGUCUCACGGAAACAGCAGGUGUUCCCGAUGUCUUGUACACUCAUGGAAUUGUACAACAUGCGCUUGCCUUUCUCAGGUGGCACCUCACUGCCCCUGAGGUGCUCCUUUAUCCUUCACAUUGGCCUUUUUGCUUUUCCACCUCUCUCUCUCUCUCUCUCCCUCUAAGCACUUUGCCUCCCCCCCCAUAACCUGAGGCUUCACUAGACGGCCCUAUAGUCCUCACGAGCAGGGUGGUCAAGCUAAUUUUGGAUCCCCUUGUAUCCGGCUGUCGAUGCGGAUUCUGAGCCCCAGCCAGCCGACCCAGCGUAAAGUUAGCUGACCAGAGCUUAGUCCAUUCAGCACGCAGACCGUAAUCCAUCCCCUUCCUCCCACACAAACAAAAGCCAGACCAAGCUGACUCUCUGAGCAGUAGCUGCCCCAAUAUGCCUCUGAGCCUGGGCUGCAAUGGAGAUGGCAAGAGGGUAGGAGUUGUUUCCCUUAACCACCAGACCCCCAAUCCUAACCUUAACCAUUAGGGGGGGGAUGAAAACUAUCUGACCUGCUGCUGCUCACUCAUUUGACUGCCGGCCAGAUCGCGAAGAAGCAAACCAGACGGGAGUGAAGUUCAAUUCCCCUCGAGCCUUAAUGUGGCCUAAAAACAACAACAACAUAGAACACCGUACUUGUUGGUGGACGGUUAAACUGUAGAUGGAAAGACCUGUACCAUGCUAUUGUCAUCGUGGUUACGCUAUCAUUUUAGUUUUUUAAAAGUUUUUUUUUUGUCUGCGUAGGCAUCAUUUGAACUUCAUCCAUUUUUAGCUUCAACAGUUGAUUCAUACUGUGCUGGGAAUGUAUUGAACAUUUUAUGCAAACUUGAAUAAGCAUUUCUCUCAACUUACAAUGUAUUUAUGUGCAAUACAGGCUAGACCUUAAUUCUUCCCAUAUUUCAUGUGUACCGUAGCAUUAGCUAUGACUAUUGUAAAGGUUCUCAAACGCAGAACUUCACGUAGGAGCCUGCUAUGUUCAGAUUGCUUUGUCAUUGAACAAUCAACUUUCUUUGACCUCGUCCAGAGUUUCAUAUUGCUUUUGUCUCUGUUUUGAAAUGUUGUCCCUUCUAGAAAAGUGUUUUCAAGUAGCAACAUCUUUCUUUUAAUGGCAUGACCUCACUAUGAUAAUCAUGUAUUUUCUGUGAAUUGGCUCAGCCUCUGAGGUUAGAACAUCAUUUGUACACAUGGGGCACAUAAGAUCUACCUUUGCAAUAGAGCCUCUUUGUAAAAAAAAAAAAAAAAAAUCUCGGCCCAUGUUCUGUUAGCGGGGUCGUUACACUUUUCUCAGAAUGUGUCUCAAAUGUUGGCUUCAACUAUGGUAAUUUUGUAGUCGUAUGAGAGCUGUAACAAGAUACGCCGGUUUAACAUCAAGGUACAAAUCCCUACACGAGACGGCAUAAAAAUAUAAACCUCACUGUAAUCAAUGUGAGGGAUCUGCUCGAUAUUGCCAGUAAGGACACAUCUGAUACCGCAGAGCAUUGACAUCACACAAGGGCCGCGGUUCGAUCCAGGCCAGGGGAGCAGGAGAGAGCGGAAUAAAGAGACUUCUUUUUUUUCUUCUUUUUCUGAGACCUGUGAACCUCCCAUCGCUGCAGUUGGACAUUUUCAACAACUGUCUAGGAAUAUGAUCCCUUAUGCAGACAAUUAAUCAGACACUAUGUUUUCGGGUUUUAGUAAGAACGUGCAAGUAUAUUUGUAUGUACUGUAUGCCUAAUACACGUUUGAUCAUUUUGGCUUCAGGUCAGGAGUUUCAUUUGUGUCUUUCUGUAGUGUCCAUAGUCAUGGUAUUAGUUAUGGUACACAGGUGGACUCAGUUAUACAGUGGACUUAAGCAAGCAGGUUAAAAAGCCAUAUGGCCACAGAUAUUUAUUUGAGUUAUUUUGUGGACUACUAAAGGACACAAUGUAGACUGCUUUGUUUUCCUCUCGAACCUCAGAUCCUAAGAAGCCAUUGCAUUUUAAUGAAGUGUUUUUCCCCGGGGUGAAUCGAGAGGCACCCCCUUUCUUCAACAGCUCUAAGCAGAAACAUGCUAAUUGCGCUUUUGAUGAUGUCAAUGAGGAUAUAGCCGUAUAAAAGAUCUGUAUAUUUAGUCAUUUUGAAAAAUAAGUGAUUUAUUAGGAGAUUUCUGAUAAUUAAAUAUGCCUACAACUUGUUUUACAAGUGACGUGUACAUUUAUAAGAUGAUUUAAUUUUCAACCUUAUUUUUAACUGUCAAAUAAAAUUAUUGGAAAAAUAAA